AUGGGAUCCCGACUCCACGUUCAAGAGAUCAAAAAAGGCCCCCCACUUCCCUACAAAGAUGAUAUCAGAGCUUUCACGCGAGAGUACGCCGAGUCCCUCGACGCACAAGAUCCUCUCCGUCAUUUCCGAGACGAAUUCAUCAUUCCAUCGAAGAAAGACCUGGAGCGAAAGACUCUGAAUGUCAACGAGAAUAUUGAGGACUCCUCCGACCCCAGAAGUAUUUAUCUCUGCGGAAAUUCCCUAGGUCUUCAGCCUCGGAACACCCGGAAAUAUCUCGAGCACUAUUUACGGACCUGGGCAAUUAAAGGCGUUACUGGCCACUUUACACCACAUGACGACCAGCUGCUUCCCCCGUUCGUCGAUGUCGACGAAGCCGGAGCAAAGCUCAUGGCCCCCAUUGUGGGAGCGCUCGAAAGCGAGGUGGCGGUAAUGGGCACGUUAACUGCGAACUUGCAUUUUCUAAUGGCGAGCUUCUACCAACCAACUAAAGAGAAGUAUAAGAUCAUUAUCGAGGGCAAGGCAUUCCCAAGUGACCAUGUAAGUUCCUAUCCUUCACUACCGCUUAACAAUGUCGCAAAUAAUAGUGCUAAUGCCGUCGCGAAUCAGUAUGCCGUGGAAUCUCAGAUCCAGCACCAUAAUCUCGACCCGAAAGAUGCUAUGGUCCUUAUCGAACCCGACAACCUCGAUCGUCCAAUCUUAAACACCGAGAAAAUCCUGCAGAUGAUCGAUGAACAUGCCUCGAGUACAGCCCUUAUACUCCUCUCUGGUAUACAAUUCUAUACUGGACAGUAUUUCGAUAUCGAGAAGAUCACGGCCCAUGCCCAUUCCAAGGGUAUCAUAAUCGGUUGGGACUGUGCCCAUGCUGCAGGAAACGUCGAUUUGAAAUUACACGAUUGGAAUGUGGACUUCGCGGCCUGGUGCAACUACAAGUAUCUUAACAGUGGACCGGGAGGAAUGGCUGGACUGUUCGUCCAUGAGAACCAUGGGCGAGUAGAUAUGACCAAGGUUGGUUCCAAGGAUGAGCCUUUUCGUCCGCGGUUGUCUGGCUGGUGGGGUGACAACAAGAAAACACGGUUCCGGAUGGAAAAUAGGUUCGUGCCGCAACCAGGCGCAGCUGGAUUCCAAUUAUCGAACCCAUCUGUCUUGGAUAUGAACGCAGUGGUGGCGUCCCUCGAGUUAUUCAAUCGCACGUCAAUGGCUGAGAUCCGUAAAAAGUCUUUGGACCUCACGGGUUACUUAGAACAUCUCCUUUUGAAAUAUCCUCUCGAUGCUGCCCUGGAGGACAAACCGUUCUCUAUCAUUACACCCUCAAAUCCGGCCGAGCGAGGUGCACAGCUAAGUCUGCGCUUAGGCCCAGGCCUUCUAGACAGCGUCCUAGAAGUCCUGGAGGAGAAUGGAAUAGUUAUCGAUGAGAGAAAGCCGGAUGUCAUUCGGGUUGCGCCAGCGCCUCUGUAUAACACCUAUGCGGACGUGUGGCAGUUCUGCCAGAUCUUCUUCGAUGCUUGCCAAAAGGCAGUGAGAGCUCGAAAGUAA